AUGUGCCAGCUCUGCACCGAGCUUUCGCAGUACGCCAGCAUCGAGAUUGAGGUCAUUGGCGGCUGGCAGCAGAAGCUCUCAUACGGCUUUCACGAGGUCAAGCUCUUCCUUGCCACGCAGAUGUUCGACAACGCCCGCCACUUCGAGGCGUUCCGCAAGCGCGCCCUCUCCAACGGCGGCGGCCUGGGCUUAGAGAACAAGGGCGAGGUCAAUCGCAUGCUGCUGGAGAGCACCGGCGGUUGGCCCGAGACGGUAGUCAUGCUGCACAUGCUGCGCGGCACGUUCAUAUUCAUGCUGUACCGCUACGGCGAGCUUUUCGCGCACAACCCCGCCGAGAAGGUGCUGUUCGCGCGCUGCCUUCAGGACAAGGCGCGGCACCUCGCUUAUGGUCUCGCCCACUUGCGAUACGCCACCUCCCAUAACCCCGACAAGAUCAUCGUUUUCGGACGGCUGAUGAACAUCGCCGAGCGCGUGUUCGAGCGCGAACUCAAGGACCCUGUGCUGAGAGAGGCGCUGGCUAUAAUCUUCGGCGGCGGCAUCGAGGGGGCGCAGAGCGGCAUGCGCCAGUACGAGCGCAUGAUGGGCGACUUUGCCCGCCAGUACCUCGCCAACAUGGAGCACAUCGGCGUGCGCCGCGAAGAGGGCUUCCCGCCGGCACUAGCGAAGUUUAUGGAGGCUUAG